ACGUGCUGACGUGGCAGGCGGCGCAUUAACGUGACGUGACGUGCUGUAUGUUUGCUAACGGGUGUCCUAUUAUCAGCUGAAUUAGCUCGUUAUUUCUGCCACUUAAUCCGGUUUAACGAACAGCGGACAGACGGAACGACUGUCAGGCCCUCCGCAAAGUUUCACCAGCCAGGACAAACUCUGCUGAAGGAGUUGGAGUUUCAGCAGAAUGAAUAUUGGCUCUAAAAGUAAGAAACGGGUGGUGCUGCCCAGCCGUCCUGACCCCCCCACCGUCGACCAGAUCCUGGAAGACAUCAGCAGAGUCGCUCCUGAUGACCCAGUCUUCAGCAUCCUGGAGAAGACUGGACAAGACGACCCCCGCCCUGCAGACAGUGAGGUGGAGCUCCAGUUCCAGCAGUGUCGUCGGUAUCUGGAGCUGAACAAGCUGCUGCAGGAGGCUCGGGACCGGCUGCUGCAACAGAGGGAACAGCUGCAAGCAGUGGGGGAUCGGGCGGACAGAGAGGUGGCAAAGGUCAAAGGUCAAGAACUCUGACUGGGCAUUUCCUGUUUGUACAGGCUCUCCUCCUGAUUCAGUCUGUGACACUUUCACUGAAUUCUUCUCAGACUCGAACACGAACCUGCCCAGGUGCUCUUGGGUCAAGCACGCGGUGCUAGCUGACCUCUGACCCUACAGCUGAAGUACAAGGGUUGUAAGGGUUGUUGGAGAACAUGCCACUUCACAAUAAAAGUCUCAUGCUGAGGAAAGCUAAUGUGAAGCAACAGGAUGAGUUUGUUGUGAAUCAGCAGUAACAUGACACGGCUGAAAGAAACAAAGUAUCAUUAAUGUCUGUGAUGUAAAAGUUUAAUUUUCCAUAUUUUUCUUGGCGUAUUUUAACUGAAAUUGAAAUAAAUGCUGACAUUAUGGAAGCGGAAGAACCAGAAAGCAUGUUGUCUUAAAGAUUGUUGCCCAAACUGUAAAUUUAGUCUGAAUGAUCAGAAAGUUUAAUACUCAGUGUCAUUUUUUUUUUAUCUUAAAACAUCUUAAGCUGUUCAUCAUCUUUGGAAAAUAGAUGAUUUACUAAAUGUGAAUGUUUUUGCAGUGUAGUCGUUCUUUGGUACUCAGGUUUUGUUUUUUUGAAGUUGCAUUACGCAUGUAAUAAAACUCUCACCACAGGA